UGGACGCUCACAGCUGUGACAGAGGAAAGAGGCAAAUUCCUUGAGCAGACCCUGAGAUCAAGUCCCCAGAAGCCAUCUGCCUCAGGCGUGCAAGACCAGGGUACAGGGAAGGUGUGCAGGCAGGUAUAGCUGUCUUUCCUGGAUGCCAAGAUUUGAGACGCAGAAGUCUCCCAUGGUUCCUUAUCACAUCCGCCAAUACCAGGACAGCGACCGUGAAACUGUCGUGGACCUGUUCACCAAGGGCAUGUUAGAGUACAUCCCCGACACCUUUUGCCACAUGCUGCUGCUGCCCCGAACCGUCCUCCUCUUACUUGGGGUCCCUCUUGCUGUCAUCCUGACAUCUGGCUCCUGGCUGCUGGCUGUUGUGUGCGUCUUCUUUCUGUUCCUACUUCUGUGGCUCCUUGCCAGACAGCCAUGGAAGGAGUACGUGGAAAAGUGUUUGCAGACAGACAUGGCUGACAUCACCAAGUCUUACGUGAAUAGACAUGGCGCCUGCUUCUGGGUGGCUGAGUCUGGGGGGCAGGUGGUGGGCACAGUGGGUGGUCUUCCAGUCAAUGAUCCUCCAUUGGGGAGGAAGCAGCUGCAGCUCUUUCACCUGUCUGUGUCAUCACAGCACCGAGGACAGGGGAUAGCGAAGGCACUGGUCAGAACUGUCCUCCAGUUUGCUCGGGACCAGGGCUACACUGAUGUUGUCCUUGACACCAGCGACUUGCGACCUGGUGCUGUGACUCUCUAUGGGGGCCUGGGCUUCCAGAAGACAGGCCAGUACUUCCCGAGUGUGUUCUGGAGGUUAGUGGGUAUUUGUUUUAUUCAACUGAAUUACUCCUUCCCUUCUGCCUAGGAAGGUGUCGUCUGUGACCUAAUUCGCCUGUGCAGCAGGCGGGCUUCUCUGCACUCCGCUACAGGAACCAGUGAACCCUGUCAAGUGAAAUAAAAGCUUGUUGGUGCACACCAGA